UGUUAUAAAUUUAAAGUCUAAAAUGCAAAUGUUACAGUACUUAUACACACAUUUUAAAUUAGGUUUUAAUUAUACACAGCUUAAUUCAAAGAUAAAAUAUAGUAUACAACUUUUUACAAGCCCACAUUCAGAAUACCAUGAUGAGGGAUAGAGAAAGUGUUUAUUUAAUUCAAAUAUUCUAUUAUUUUUUUUUUUUUAAUAGCCUGUUCUAAAAUACAGUUCAGUAGUCUCACAUCAUUCUUAACAGUAGUUUUUUUUGUUGUCAAAAACAGAUUCCUUUCAUACAUACAAAACUUGAAAAUGGGAUUGAUUUUAUUAGUCUACUUAAUAUUAAUAACAACAACAGUUAUUAACAUAAUAGCAAUUACUGUACCAAAACAAAAUGAAUUAAAUAGGGUACAAAAAUCACUGUUGGAAAGAGUUUUUUAUCCUAGAAGUAAAACCCAUUCCACAACAAACCAUCAUUCUACCGAGCUACAAAAUUCAUUUGGUGUUUCUGGUAAUGUAGGAAUUGGAUUUCAUUUUGGGAGUGGUUAUAGAAUAAAAAAUGGUGAUGGAAAAGAAGAUCAGGAAAUUGUGCACAACAAAAUGUAUGAUAAGUAUUUGGGGACUAGUUUUGGUUUUGGAUCAUUGGGAAAUAACAAAAAAGGUCAUAUUGAAAAUGUUGAACAAUCAGUUACGGCAGACCAGAACACUAUUUAUCAUGACGAAGUUAAUUCAAUAGAUCAAGAGUCUGAUAGUGAAAUAAUUCCAACUACAACAGCAACACCAAAGAUUGGAGUCUUCCGAAAAAUCAGUAACUAUUGGACCGGUGAACAGUCAGAACCCAAAAGUAACUAUACUAGCAUCGGUAUUUUUAAAUGGAGUAUGCAAAAUUUAAAAAACAAAAAUAAUGUCGGAACACCUAGAUAAAAAAAAAAUUGUACAUGCCUAAUAUUGAUGUAAACCUAUAGUAUUGUUAUUAGCCAUUUGGUAAAAUAAUUAGAUAUGUACUUACAAAAGUUUAUUCUUAUUUUACUAUCACAAUGGUUUUAGAAGCACUAAAAUAAUAUGCAUAGUUAUUAGUUAAUAAUAUAUUAUAAUUUUAAAUAUUAGAAAACCAUAUUUAACAAUUAACUAUUAAGACAAUAAUUAUUAAUUAAAAUGCAAAUCUCAAAUCGGUAUCGGUAUAUUUUCACUGUUCUGUUUGUUUUUUUUUUUUUUUAUUGAUAACGCAGAUAACAAUACCACAGAAUAGAUGUGACAAAUUUAAUACA